AAAGACUUUAGGAAAAUGUCGACUUCGUUCAUUUAAAAACGUAAACAAUGCAAGCACAGGAUUUUUUACACACUUUCCUUUUUAUUAUAUUUUAAUUUAAUAAUUGUAAAUGUAGGAAUUUUUAUUCUCAGAAAUCAUUAUAAAACUAAUCCUUAUUUCAGUCAUUUUUCAAACAUGUGAUUGUCAAUUUAAGAAUUCAGUUUUAUUAUCAGUUAAACUUAGUUGAACAAAAUUAUAAUACAACACCGGCCGGUCAAUUUGAUUGAAAUUCAUCAGGAUUUUCGCAAAAUGCUUGACGAAUUUUUAGAAGAAUAUCAUUUUGAUGAUCUACAGAAAAUAUUGAAUAAUUCUGAGGAUUGUAUUCAUUAUAGUAUACAUGUAAAUUUUCUAGAUCUAAUUAAAGAGAAUCCUGAUGUGGGACGAAAAGUUUUACAUAAUCCUAGACAUUAUUUGCCUUUGUGCAAUGCUUCCAUUGUAUCAGUUCAGAAAAAAUUGGUUUCUGGUAAACAAACGGUAAAAUCGAGGGUUCACUUGAGAAUUAUCGGUGUCCCGGUGAAAGAACAUUCCGAAACUAUUGGGGAAUUAGUGUCAAUUUGCGGAAUUGUUGUGCGAAUGUCACAACCUGUUGUUACAAAAUUAUCGAAACAGUACAAUUGCCGAAAAUGCAAACACACAAGUGUAGUGAAUAUGUUGUGGGAGAGAAAUGUUGUUCCUUUAUUAAAAGAAUGUAAAGCUUGUAAAUCGAGUAAUAUUGAUCAAGUUUCUAGUCUACGACAAGAGAGUUGUUCAGAUCAUCAGGAAAUCAAAGUUCAGGACAAGUCUCAGCCAGAUUCGAACAGUAGCAGUGUAACCGGAUGGCAGGUUGUUUUACUAGAUGAUUUAGUCGAUAAAUGUAAACCAGGAGAUCAAGUUGAAAUAAAUGGUGUUUUCGUGAAACGAUGGAUCACAUCAAUAACUGAGAAAACAGUGGGAUCAACGUUUAUGUUAGCAAAUAGUGUUUCUGUUCAUCGGAAAGUAUCUGAAUUGACAUCUUCCACGAAAGAAAUGAAGGAAGCUUUUAGUCACUUCUGGGAAGCACACGCUGAAAAUCCUCUUGUUGGAAGAGACAUUAUUCUCGCUUCAAUUUGUCCUCAAAUUUAUGGAAUGUACGUUUUAAAAUUGUCAUUGGCUGUUGUUCUUGCUGGAGGAGUAACAAAAACUAAUGCUACAGGAAUAAAUAUCCGAGGUGAAUCACAUUUAUUAAUGGUGGGUGAUCCAGGAACUGGAAAAUCUCAAAUUCUCCGUACAGCUACGCGUUUGGUUGUUCCUUCUAUCCGUACAACUGGAAUUGGUUCAACUUCAGCUGGACUGACUGCAGCAGCUGUUAAAGAUUCAGAUGGUUGGCAUUUGGAGGCAGGAGCUUUAGUUUUGGCAGACGGGGGUAUUUGUUGUAUCGAUGAAUUCACGACAAUGAGUGCUCACGAUAGAGCUUGUGUUCAUGAAGCAAUGGAACAACAAACAAUAUCAAUAGCAAAAGCUGGAAUUGUCAGUACGUUAAAUUCACGAUGCAGCGUAAUUGCGGCUAUUAAUCCAGAAGGUGGUCAUUUUAAGGGCGAUGAAGAAUAUAAAACACGACUUGGAAAUCCUUUGAUUUCACGUUUUGAUCUCAUUCUUCUAUUGAAGGAUUCGCGAAGUUUAUCUUGGGACAGUAUGAGUACGAAACAUAUUUUAAAGGCUUAUGGCAGAUCACCUGAUGAUGCAAGCAGACGAAAUUCGAAUGAAGGUGCGGAAUCGAAUAUCUGGAAGGAGGAUGACAUUCGAGAAUAUUUAGCGCAUAUUCAUUCUUUGAAACCGUUAAUGACAGAAGAGGCUGAAAAAGUUUUACAAGCGGUAUUUGUACAUUAUAGAUAUGAUCCGAAAAGAGAAACUGAACGUAAAACUGUUCGUAUGAUGGAAAGUCUAGUUAGAUUAGCAGAAGGACAUGCACGACUAAUGUACAGAUCAGAAGUCAUUCUCAUGGAUGCAAUUAUCGCCGCUCAAUUAGUUGGUUCAGCGUCAGGUUUAGGUAAAGAAGUUGGUUCACCUUUUCCCGAUGAUCCAAUGGCCAAUUAUUACGAAGAAGGUUUGGAACUUUUGCAUAAUAUUGGUCUAGGUGAAUUACGAUCGUUUCUAUAAGUAUUGGAUUUUUCUUUCAAAGAAAAAAAAAUUUAAACAGAUUUAACAAAGAGGUAAAGAUUUUGUUUUCUCCUAAAAAAUAAAUGAUACGGUGACGCAUUAUAUUGAGAUAACAAUAUAGGCCUAGCAUUAUAAUAUAAAUAAACACACGUUCAUGUCACACAAAUAGUAAUAAUUUUGAUUCACAUUCAAUGGCUUUUUUUUGUAACGUUAAUUAUAACAUAUUUAGUUGAAUUUUAUUAUUAUCAUUACAAUUUUAAAUAUAGUAACAUUUUCUUUUUUUUUAUAAUAAAUAUCAUAUUUUUAUAUUGAAUUUUUCUUGAAUACAUUAACAUUAGUUUCUCCCAAUCAUUCCAGUUUAUAUGUAAGGACGGCUGUUAUUUAUUUUUAUAUUUGCUGUGCAAAUUUUCUUUUUCUUGGUGCCUCUCGCUUAUCACUAAAAACUGGAUGAUAAUUUAUAAAUUCUCAUUUAUUUCAUUUACAGACUUUAGUAUAGCAAUAGAUUUCAUUUUUCCCGGGAAAAGUUAAUUUAUGUCACGUACGUGUAAUAUUUGAUUAAAGUUCUCAAUGUUUAUGAUCAAUAAUUUUUUUUGUAAAGAAAACUUUUUACAUUCUCAUUUUUUUAAUAUGAGAUUUAAUAAAUUAUUAUUAAAGUAAAUAAUUAAUUGAAUUUUUCCUUCAAUUUAUUUUUGCCCUUUUUUAGACUGGAAUACUUCUGCCUUUUAAUUAUUGAUUAGGAACGUUGAGAAUUUUAUCGUAAUAAUUAUUUACCCUAAAACUCUAGUCACUGAAGGUCAUUAAAACUAGAAAAUUUGGAAUAUUCCUUUUUUAAAAUCAAAGUAAAAUAUUCAAUGACAUUUAGAAAACGCUCACACUAAAGAAUCAAAGUAGAAAGAAGAACAAAUAACAAGUAUUCACAAUUAUAUGAAAAACAAUUUUUCAAAUCUCACUUUGAUUUUCAAUUAAUAAAAUUCAAAAUAGCGUCCUUCCGAAAAUUGACGUCAGUAGUUGUGUUUUUAUCAUGUCAGAUUUUUUAAAAAAUUAUAUUAAAAAAAUAGGCUUCUUAAAUAAAAAAAAUAAAUAAAA